AUGCAGGAAAGUAGCCAAACUAGUUGUGAGAGGUUUAGACGUCCACCAUGCUGUGAGCAACUGACCUUGAUUCUAGGACGCACCCCAUGUGACAAGGGCGAGUUGGUAUCUACAGGGGGACAUCAGCCUAACCAUACACCUAGUAGUGCCAGCCCUCAUACUCCUCAAGCCUUAUCCAAUGAGCCCAUACAACCACGUAGUGUUGGUCAGCCCUCUAAGAGAGUCACUAGGGACCAUUCCAUUAACAGUCCUCAUAGUAAGAAGAGUAGCAGGACUCCAACCCUUGAUGACUGCCUUGAUGACCUAAGCGACAUUAUCAAGGAUGCUAGGGGGAAUAAGACCCGUCAAGCCACUGAUGUCGAGGAGAUUGCCCAAGUCAAUCAGAUUCUGAAGCAAGAUGGUUACAGUGAGAGUGAUGUAGUCUUUGCCCAAGCCCUUAAUCUUUGCAACAACAGGCUCCGUCGUCGGGCUUUUCUUGAUUUGGAAACAAAAGAGGGCCGGUUGAACUAG